AUGGAAAAUAAUAGUAAACUCCGUAAUAUUGCUUCGACAAGUGGAAGGAAAAAGCAAUUAGAUAUUGUUACAUCUGAUAUUGAUACAGAUAGCGACUGCGAGGAAAUUAUUUGUCCUGCUGGGAAGUUGCGUAGAAUUUUAUUAUAUGAUAGUGAAGAAGAAAGUAACAGUGAAGAUUGUGAACCUAAUUUUACAUCUGAAGAAUGGAUAUGGGAAGACAAGGAAAACAAUAGCAAAAUUUGGCAGUAUUCACGAAUUCCUGGAAUGAACAUAGAAAUGACAGAAGAAACCACAGCUUUGCAAAUGCUAAACCAAAUUUUAUCAAAAGACUUUUGGAAUAUCAUUGUUACAGAAAGCAAUCGUUAUGCGAGUCAAACAAUAGGAGACACAGCCCGAAAAAUAAAAAAAUCUGAGGAAAAAUGGAGGGAUACGAAUAUUGAUGAAAUUCAAGCUUAUUUUGCGUUAUGCAUCUUGAUGGCACAAGUAAGAAAGUUAAAUGUCCAAUCCUAUUGGUCAAGAAAAAGUAUUAUUGAAACUCCCAUUUUUGGAAAAACAAUGCCAUUACUAAGAUUUAUGCAACUCUCCCAUUUUUUACAUUUUUCCAAUAAUGAAGUUGUGGAUAAAAAUGAUCGUUUGUGUAAAAUACGAAAUAUAAUCGAUUAUCUCAAUGAAAAAUUUACGAGUAUUUACACUCCCGAAGAAUAUGUGUCAUUAGACGAAUUUAUUAUGAAAUAUAACAAUCGAAUGUCAUAUAAUGAGUACAAGUCGUCAAAGAGAGUACGUUUUAGAAUAAAAUUUUAUAAAUUGUGCGAGUCUAAAUCAGGAUAUUGUAUCAAAUUUCAAACAUACACAGGUCAAGAUAAUAUGAAUAAUUCAAUCACCAAUUCUUCCGAAAAUGUUACCAUGUUCAUGUGCACACCAAUAUCUAAUUUCGGACACACCUUGUUUUUGGAUGAUUGGUUUUCUUCGCCAAAUCUAUUUCAAAAACUACAAUCCAUAAAAACUAAUGCCAUAGGAACAGUUAAAUAUAACAGAAAGAAUAUGCCAAAAGAUCUCGCAACGAUACAGCUAAAACAAUCAGAAGCUAUUUCAAGAUCGUGCAAGGAUGUAGCGCAACAAAUUUUAGAAAGUGUAUGUAUACCUGAAUACAUAAAUCGUGGCAGACCGUCUGCUGGUGACGUACCAAAGCGAUUACAAUCAAAAUGUUGGGGUCAUUUCCCAAGAAUAAUUCCACCAACAGAAGCUAAACAAAAACCUCAAAGAAGAUGUAGAGUCUGUACCAAACAUAAAAAACGCAGCGAGACUGUUUGGGAGUGCAAGAAAUGCCUUGUGGCAUUACAUGUUCCAAAUUGUUUUGAAAUUUAUCACACACAAGUAAAUUAUUAA